AUGCGUGCAGUUCUUCUCAACAAGGUCGACGACGAGUUCAGCGUCGACAUCGCCGAUAUUCCUGAUGACGAGAUGCCCGAAGGUGACACGCUCGUCGCUGUUCAGUACUCCACCAUCAACUACAAGGACGGUUUGGCCAUAACCGAUUCGUCUCCAGUGGUUCGUUCUUGGCCCAUGGUUCCGGGCGUCGACUUCGCUGGAACCGUCCUGAGCUCGGAAAGCGACCAACUCAAAGUCGGCGACCGCGUCGUUCUGAACGGCUGGGAUGUCGGCGAGAAACACUGGGGCGGACUCGCCGAGCGCGCUCGGGUGCAGGCCGAGUGGCUCACGCAGAUCCCCGAGGACUUUUCCACCUAUCAGGCAGCGGCGAUCGGCACGGCUGGUUACACCGCCAUGCUGAGCGUGAUGGCGCUCGAGGAUCACGGGAUAACGCCUGAGCGGGGAGCGAUUCUGGUGACCGGGGCAGCGGGCGGAGUUGGCUCGGUUGCCGUUGCCGUCCUGUCCAAGCUGGGCUUCGAGGUCAUUGCCUCAUCAGGUCGAGUGGAACAGGAGGGCGAAUACCUGACGGCGCUCGGCGCAUCUGAGCUGUUGCAUCGCGACGAGCUGUCUGGUUCGGGGGGCCGUCCACUCGCCAAACCCCGAUGGGCCGGCGCGGUCGAUGUUGCGGGAAGCCACACGCUGGCGAACGUGCUCGCCGCCACCGCGGCCAAGGGUUGUGUUGCGGCAUGUGGCCUCGCCCAGGGGAUGGACCUCGAGACCACGGUGGCGCCGCUAAUUCUCAGGGGCAUCUCCCUGAUCGGUAUCGAUUCGGUCCACGAGGAGCCGAAACGAAGAGAUCUUGCAUGGCAACGCCUUGCGUCUGACCUCGAUGUCAACCUCCUCGAUACCAUCACGAGCGAGGUGGGCCUCGAAGCGGUGCCUCAGGUCGCCGCGGACAUCAUCUCCGGCGCCGUGCGUGGCCGAGUGGUUGUGGACGUUUCCCAGUAG